GACAAGCCAUGUUGCUAGAUUUUUUCAUCCCUGUGAACCAGAGGAAGAGCCCUUGCUUUGGUUCAGUUCAAUUUGGUUUGUAGGCAUCCACAGGGUUCGCUAAUCAAAUUGAGUAAGCACAUUCUGCUUUGUGUUCUAUAUGCUGUUCUUUGUUCUUGAAAACGAAAUCUACUGUUUGGUUGCUGAGAAAAUUUCAGAGAAGGUGUGUUUAUUAGUUUGGGAACUUGGGCUAAAAAUGAAAUCCCACUGUUUGUGACCUGCCGUUAGUAUGAACCCUUUUGCUUCAUAAGUUAGGCAACUGUCUCUUUUGUUGCUGUUUUCCAAGCCAUAAACCCAAAACCUUUUGUCUCUGCAUGGUUGCUUUGAAGACGUUUGAUAUGUCUGACAUAUCAGAAGAAAUAGAUAUUGGCGAUCAGUCUGCGUUUUGUCACCAAGAUAUUGAUAUUGUAGGGAAAUUGCAACGAAAUGUAGCUCAUGUCUUUGGAGAGGCCUUCUCAGAGCAGGGAAAAGUCUUUUCAAACUCUGAGGUUCAAAUAAAUGAUCUUAAGAUAAAGCUUGAGCAUACAAGAUCUCAACAGAAAGAACUUCAGGAAAAACUUGAGAAGAGUGAAGCUCAAAAGGAAGAGCUCCGGAAAAAGAUUGUGCAUAGCGAGGCUCAGAACAAAGAGCUUAAGAAAACUGAAGAAGCUCAAAGGAAAGCACUUAAUGAAGUACUGCUUCAGGAGAGUGAGACUAGAAACAGAACUUUGGAACAGAGUGAGAAGCUUGGUAGGAAAUUGAACAGAUUGCUCAACCAUUGUGAUCUCCAGCAUGAACAAAUGAAUGUAGUUUUGAAUAAGUUAAAGAAGAUGGAAGAAGAGUCGGUAGAAGUACGUGCUCUAUACUCUACACUUAUGCGCAAGGAGGACAAUAAUCAUGAUGAGCUGAUCAAUGUACGAUACCAUCUUGAAAAGACCUUCUUAGAAAAAGAAGCCUUUUCAAAAUCUGAAGAUCUAAACAAUGAUCUUAUGAAAAGGCUAGGUGAGAGUGAAUCCCAGAGAAAGGAGCUCCAGGAAAAGCAUGAUCAUAGUGAAUCUCAGAAGAAAGAGCUACAGGAGGAGCUUGAGCGGAUUGAAGCUCAGAAGAUAGAGCUUCAGAAAAAGGAUGAUCAGAGUGAAGCCGAACUGCAGGAGGCUCAUAAAGAGUUCAUCAAUGGACUAGGAGGUUUAAGAAUUUGUUCUUUAAUUGGUGUGAAGAGAAUGGGAGACCUCAGCAAAGAACCAUUUCAAACUUCAUGCAUGAGACGAUAUUCUUUAAAAGAAGUAGAUGGCAAGGCAGCAACACUAUAUUCUCAGUGGCAGGGCAACCUUAGGGAUCCAAACUGGUAUCCUUUCAUAACUAGCAUGGAUUCUUGUGGAAAUUCCGAGCUAACAAUCAAUGAAGACGAUGAAAAAUUGAAACAGAUAAAGGUUGACAAUCUUGGUAGUGAAGUUUACAAGGCUGUGACAACUGCUCUUAUGGAAUUGAAUGGCUAUAAUACCAAUGGUAAGAGUGCAAGAACAGAAUUAUGGAAUUUUAAAGAAGGGAGGAGGGCAACAUUGAAAGAGGCAAUAUCGUCUGUACUGAAGCAAUUGAAACUGCAGGAAAACAGGAAUGGUAAAAAGUUGUCAGAACAAAAGCAACUUGAUGUGAAGAAGACAAACCCGGAUGAAUUGGAACAGCAGCUUGAUGUGAAGAAGAAAGACCCGGGUGACAUUAAUGAAAUUCAAAAGAAGUUAGAGGAGAAGGAAGAUGAGUUGAAAGAUUUAAAAGAUGAUUUUGAAUAUUCAGAAGCUCUCAACUCUACACUAUUUGUCAAGGAGCGUGAAAGUAAUAAUGAACUGCAGGAUGCUCGCAAGGAGUUAAUCAGGGGACUGGUGGAUGACGGUUUUAUUGGCGUGAAGAGAAUGGGAGAGCUUGACAUCACGCCUUUUGCAACUGCAUGCAAGAGAGACCAUUCUAUGCUAGAACCAGAGGUGUGGCAAGAUUAUCUUAGUGAUCCAAGCUGGCAUCCGUUUAAAGCGAUCGAGGAUGAAUUUGGAAAUCGGAAGGAAAUUCUUGAUGUAGAUGAUGAAAAAUUGAAGAGUAUAAAGGGCGACGAUGCAGUGUACAAGGCAGUCACAACUGCCUUGAUGGAAUUGAAGGAGUACAAUUCGAGUGGUAUGUAUGUGACAGAUGAACUAUGGAACUUUCAAAAAGGGAGGAGGGCAACACUACAGGAGGGAUUAUCAUAUAUAUUAUUAAACUGGAGACCUCUGAAAAGGAAAAGAAAAAUUUGACUCGUAGGUUCAGUUGGAAAUCACCAUCACCAUUGCGAAAAUUAUUUAUUUUCAUAGAGACUCAGAUGCAGCGUCAAAGCAUUUUUUUUUAUUUUUUUGAUCACUUUAAGAUGUUAUUAAUCUAUUUUUUUAUUAAGAGAUGAGCAUUUAUUUUCCAACA